AUGAUCUUGGAAUCAAGAUUUCAUGUGAUGCGAUACAUUUUACUGGCAAGUCUGGCUUUAUCAGACUUUCUUCUGUUGGUCCUCGUAAACUCAUUCCGCAUCAAAAGCAUAGCGCAAGAACAUUGGUUAUAUGGCCAAACAAUGUGCUAUCUGAGCCCAUUUUUUGUGAGAUACUUCUAUCUCAACACGGUUCUUCACUUGGUAGCAGUAUCUUAUGAUCGAUACCUAAAAAUAGUCAAGUCGCCUUUGACGUAUGAUGGCACCAUUACAAAAACCAGAGUGGCGUUUAUAGCUCUCAUCUGGAUAAUUCCGGUGAUUCCAAAUUCUAUCGGUCUGUUCCAAGGUUGGGGAAAGUACGAUUACAACCCAGAGUUGUUCAUCUGCGAGCAGGGGUGGGCUCUCGAUCUGCAGAGCGGCGCCAUCAGUAAAAACCGCAUGUCUAUCUUUCGACCAAUCACAACUAUUAUUGUGCCAUUCCUGGUCAUUUUGUUCCUGAAACGUGUCAGUGUACAAAACAGCGAGUCGCCACAUAAACGCCAUUGAAGUCCAAGUAGGUGGCCUUGUUGAUGCUGAAAUCAGUCAGCAGCAGGAGAGCGUUUCGAGGCGGUUAACAGAUCGGAAGGCAGCUGUCGAUGUUACCAUUAUAAUCGCCGCGUUUUUGGUGUGCUUUCUUCCCUUCUGGGUUACAGUCACUUUUCGCCAGUUCGUUCAAGGAGUCGAUGUUUCUCUCGAGGCAGAUCUUAGCACUACGUGCAUUUUAUUCCUCAGUGCCAUAUGCAACCCGAUGAUCUAUUCCAUCCGAAAAAGAGAAUUCCGUAACGCAGUGAAGAAAAUGUUCCGACGGAUC